UGUGUAGCGGGAAGAAUAGCAAAAUGGCGGUGUGAGUUUGGAAGGGUUUUGUGUUGGGACUCCGAAUUCGAAUUCAGUGCUAGAAAUGGCGGAGAAUCCUCAACAGCAGCCUCCAGCCGCACAGGAACCUCACCAAGAACCACGGGAGACAGAAGCCAGGCCCGUCCCGUCCCUGCUACUGAGCUGUGCGGUCUGCAAGUCGGAGGCUUGUCAUGAACCCAAACUCUUCCCCUGCCUUCACACGGCCUGUCGGGCCUGUAUCCUCGCGAACAGUAAUGUUGCCGGUCCGGGCGCCCAGGGCGGCAUACAGGCCAAAGUGAAAUGUCCGAAGUGCCACGCAGAGGCCCACAUCUCGGAGCUGAUCGACAACUUCUUCAUUCAAGACGCAAAGGCUCAUGGGGAGGACAACCAACCAUCCUCCGACCCGCAGUGCACCAGUUGUGAGGAAAACAGUCUGGCAACCGCCUUCUGCGAGGACUGCUCAGAUUGGCUGUGUGAGACAUGCGUGCAGGCCCACGGGAGGGUGAAGAUCACGAAGGAGCAUCAACUGCAGAACAAGGAGGAGGCGUUGGCGGCGCAGGCGGCGAUGGCUUCCCAGCGUCCCCUGUUCUGUCCGCUCCACAGGCAGGAGCAGCUGAAACUGUACUGUGAGACCUGCGACAAGCUGACCUGCAGGGACUGCCAGCUGCUGGAGCACAAGGAACACAGGUACGCGUUUGUCAACGAGGCUUCCCAGAACCACAAGCAGUUUCUCCAGACCCUGGUGACCAAACUGCAGGAGAAGAAGAGCUACAUCCAGAUGGCUCGGGCCAAGAUCAGGGAGAGGUACCGCGAUGUGCAGGAGACAGAGAAGAAAAUGGUCCAGGAGAUCAAGGCCUUCAUGUUCAUGCUGAUCACUGAGAUCAACAAACGAGGGAAGCAGCUGUUAACUGAGCUGCAGCACACCACCAAGGACAGGAUGAACAAGUUGAAGGCCCAAGACGAUGAAAUCCACAGAUUGUCUGUCGCCAUCGACCAUUGUGCGAACUUUGCUGACUUUGCCGUGAACUUGGGGAACAACACGGCGCUGCUGUACAGUAAACGUCACAUCACCAACCAGCUCAAAAACAUACUCAGGACCCGCUGUGAACCCAACCCUUGUGUGCCCUCCGCAAUGAAGUUUAUGGUAGACGGCACCUUUGUAGCACAGUAUAUCAGCAGACUGGGAGCACUGAUAGUAGAGGGAGACCAACUACAGAUGGCACAGGAAAGACAAAGACAGUUACAUCAACAGCAGCAGCAGCUUCAACAACAGCAACAACAACACCUUCAAAAACAACAACAACAACAACAGCAGGCUGCCAGUCAGCAGAGGCACGUGCCGACCUCCUCCGGUAUCCGCCCCCCACCCCCCUUGGUUCCCCGCCCCGUGCCCCCCACAUCUAGCGCGGUGCACCCCACCCACGGGUCGCAGCAACCCACGGGCAUGACCCACAGACCGACACUACAGCAGCAACAGCACCAGAUGAGACAGCUACAGGCGUAUCUACAGAGGGCACAGGCACAGGCCCAGCUGCAGCAGGUGAGCCCCAGCGCAGCAGCCGCAGCAGCUGCAGCCUACCAGCAGGGCAAACAGCUGCAGGGAUUCACAGGUGCUGUCCCACAGCAGCAGGUGCCUACAUCCUCCGGCAUGGUGAAUCUGAACAGUCUUCCCAAGCUGCAGAGUGUUCCCCCUCUCACCCAGGAGCAGCUCCAGGCGCUGGCACAGAAGGCAGCUAGUCUGGCCAACCUGCAGCGGGCACAGCCAUCCAGACAACAGAGCGCUGCCGCCCAUCUGCACGGUAUGAUGCAGUCAGCGGCCAGGCCACAGAACCACAACAGAAACCACAUCAGACCUCAGAUUGUGGGGCCACAGAACCACAACAGAAACCACAUCAGACCUCAGAUGUUUCCGCACAUUCCGGCAUCCUCUGCAGCUCAGCCCGGUACAAGCGCGGCGCACCCCCCGCAGCCGCCAGCGUAUCCGCAACAGAGACCGUUAGCGCCCGCCAAUCCCAGCGCAGCGCCUCCCAGCAUGCAUCAGGGCAUGGCAGCUCUACCGAGGGAAGAGGAGAGAGUCGACAGCGGGAUCGCUAGUUCGCCCUCGGACAACGGACAGGCCCAGCCUUCGUCACCAAGACUGCAGGUACCCAUGCCUUUAUCUGAAUCAAGACCUUAUAAUGGGCAAAUCAUCGUUUUGCAUAACGUUCCAUAUCUGUGCUUAGAGAUGGUCAACUCCCCACCAGAGAAUGCAGCAGGAGGGGCAGCUGGGGCUGAGGGUCAAAGGUCAAGGUCAAGACCCAGCAGUAGGGACAGUGCAGGAUUCCAGCCCCAGGUUCCCCUUCAAGACGUCUUGAAAGACGUUAAGAAAGAAAAGUCAAACUCAGGUGCCAGCUGCAGUUUUGCUGCUGGCAGCCAGGGGGAGCCGGGUAGCACCUCCACCAACACUAAUGUCAGGGUAAAACAAGAAAAGGGACUGUCGCACACCUGUGGGAGAGGAGAAGGUGAUCACGAGAGUCUCAGCACAGGUGCCUCCGCCUCGGCAACCACGGAACUGCCCCCGGCAACCACCGGGCUCCCCGUGUCCAACACGGGACUACCUCUCCCCACGGCAGCCGACGCGUUGGCGGCCAUGGAUGCACAACCUACACACAACCCGGAGGAUCCCAACGAAGACUGGUGCGCGGUGUGUCACAACGGCGGCGACCUGCUCUGCUGUGACACCUGCCCCAAGGUGUACCACCUCACCUGUCACGUUCCCAACAUUCCGGCCAUGCCCAGUGGAGACUUCAUGUGCACAUUGUGUGAGGAGCUGCCAGAAGCAGACACCACCCCCAUAUCUGAACAUGGCAACAAACGAAAGGCACCGACUGGGAUUCCUGAAAGGGACCUCAAGGUGUGUGAAAAGAUUCUGCUGGAGUUGUUUUCCCACGAACACAGUGUCCCUUUCCAUGAUCCUGUUCCAACAUCCGUUCCGAACUACCAUAAGAUCAUCGCCCACCCGAUGGACCUGACCACAAUCGAGAGCAAACUGCACAGGAAGCACUUCAACCACUACCAGAGCAUGGAGGAGUUCAUCUAUGGCAUCGCCCUGGUCCUCACCAACUGUGCUAAGUACAACCUGCCUGUCUCUGACAUGGGCAAAGCUGGAAAAGAAGUGGAGGCCUGGACAGAAAGGCUUCUGACCUACCAUGCUCCUGAGUUCCUGUCCUCCUUCCUGGUCUACAUGAGGAGAUGUGGGGAGGAAACAGUUGGAAGUGCUUCCGGGUCAGGGGUCACUGAGCCCAAGAAGAGGAGGGCACCGUCCGGAGAUAGGAGAAAGACGGAAGAGAAAUCGUCAAAGGAACCAAUUGUACAUAUUAGAUAGAACGUUUUACAGGACAUUUUGCAAUAUUUGUGGAAGUUACAAAUGUAUUUAUGGAGCAUUUUUCCUCUGUCGACACACUUUCAUUGAUGCAAGAGAAAAAAUGUAUUACUAAGAAAAAUGCCUUGAAACUUGGCAGUGUAUCGUUGCCAAGGCAGUUUUCCAGACAUGGGUAGUUAGUUGUAGACCUUGUCAAUUGAUUUGUAAAACCCUUUUAAAGGGAAGUAACCAAAGAACGAUUUUCAAACCAGAACAAACCA